AUGGAAGGGAUAGAGCACAAGAUGGUCAACGUCUACGAUAUCAAUAUGCACAUUGCAGAGAUGGUCACCCCGGACCUCCGUGGUUACGGAGACACCACCGGUGCACCUAUCAACGAUCCUACCAAGUUCACUACACUUCAUGUUGUCGGCGACAUGGUCACACUCAUUGAUUCUCUUGGUGCUGAUAAGGUGUUUGUUGUCGAGCAUGACUGGGGCGCCUUGAUUGCUUGGUGCCUGUGUUUGUUUAAACCCGACAAAGUUAAAGCCUUGGUUAAUUUGAGCAUUCACUUUACCCCAAGAAACCUUAAACAGAAAAUUUUAGAGAAUGUUUGUGCUGCAUAUGGAGAUGAUCACUACAUUUGCAGACUUCAGGUGGCAUUUCUUCUUCAUUUCACUUGGUUUUGA